GCUGGAGGAGGCAGCCACACGCGCGCACACGCACACGUUCAGAGGAGGGCGAGAGGCAGCGGCACAGGCACCAUCCGCAGUGUCAAUGCGGCGCUCCGGCUGAAGGAGGCAAAUCGGCGUUUCCAGGGAGCCCUCACUCCUGAGUCCUGGGCCUCUGAGGAGACCCCUGUGCCGAGUACUACUGUGCCGUGAGGACCCAUCUCUGAAAUGAAAGCCAUGCCUUGGAACUGGACUUGUCUGCUCUCCCAUCUCCUGAUGGUAGGGGUGGGCUCCUCCACUCUGCUCCCCCGACAGCCGCCCCCGCUAUCCCAGAAGCGGUCUUUUGUCACAUUCCGUGGAGAGCCUGCCGAGGGCUUCAACCACCUGGUGGUGGAUGAAAGGACCGGGCACAUUUACCUGGGGGCCGUCAACCGGAUCUAUAAGCUCUCCAGUGACCUGAAGGUCUUGGUGACCCACCAGACAGGGCCAGAUGAGGACAACCCCAAGUGCUACCCACCCCGCAUCGUCCAGACAUGCCAUGAGCCCCUGACCACCACCAACAAUGUCAACAAGAUGCUCCUGAUCGACUAUAAGGAGAACAGGCUGAUUGCCUGUGGGAGCCUCUACCAGGGUAUCUGCAAGCUCUUGAGGUUGGAGGACCUCUUCAAGCUCGGGGAGCCCUUUCACAAGAAGGAACACUACCUGUCGGGGGUCAACGAGAGUGGCUCGGUCUUUGGAGUGAUCGUCUCCUACAGCAACCUGGACGACAAGCUCUUCAUUGCCACGGCAGUGGACGGGAAGCCGGAAUAUUUCCCUACCAUCUCGAGCCGGAAGCUGACUAAGAACUCAGAGGCAGACGGCAUGUUCGCUUAUGUCUUCCAUGAUGAGUUUGUGGCCUCGAUGAUUAAGAUCCCUUCAGAUACCUUCACUGUCAUCCCUGACUUUGACAUCUACUAUGUCUAUGGCUUCAGCAGUGGCAACUUUGUUUACUUUUUGACCCUCCAGCCUGAGAUGGUGUCACCCCCAGGCUCCACUACAAAGGAACAGGUUUAUACGUCCAAGCUCGUGAGGCUUUGCAAGGAGGACACUGCCUUCAAUUCCUAUGUGGAGGUGCCCAUUGGCUGUGAGCGCAGCGGGGUGGAGUACCGCUUGCUGCAGGCUGCUUACCUGUCCAAGGCUGGGGCCGUGCUCGCCCGGACCCUCGGAGUACGUCCUGAGGACGACCUCCUCUUCACCGUCUUCUCCAAGGGCCAGAAGCGGAAAAUGAAAUCCCUGGAUGAGUCGGCCCUGUGCAUCUUCAUCUUGAAGCAGAUCAAUGACCGCAUUAAGGAGCGUCUGCAGUCCUGCUACCGGGGCGAGGGCACACUGGACCUGGCCUGGCUCAAGGUGAAGGACAUUCCCUGCAGCAGCGCGCUCUUAACCAUUGAUGAUAAUUUCUGUGGCCUGGAUAUGAACGCCCCCCUGGGCGUGUCCGAGAUGGUACGUGGCAUUCCUGUCUUCACAGAGGACAGAGACCGCAUGACUUCUGUCAUCGCCUACGUCUAUAAGAACCACUCUCUGGCCUUCGUGGGCACCAAAAGCGGCAAGCUGAAGAAGAUCCGAGUGGAUGGGCCCAGGGGCAAUGCCCUCCAGUAUGAGACCGUGCAGGUGGUAGACCCCGGCCCCGUCCUCCGGGAUAUGGCCUUCUCCAAGGACCAUGAGCAGCUCUACAUCAUGUCAGAGAGGCAGCUCACCAGAGUCCCGGUGGAGUCCUGUGGGCAGUAUCAGAGCUGCAGCGAGUGCCUUGGCUCGGGCGACCCCCACUGCGGCUGGUGUGUGCUCCACAACACGACCAGAGAGCUGCAGCUGGGUGGCUGGGACAAACCCACUGCUGGAAAGUCUUCCUGCCUCGGGCAGCCCCAGCCAGCUCUGGCACUCAGGCAGCUCCAGCAGCCAGGUGUCUGGCUGCCCAUUGGCCACCCAGGAAAGUGCCAAGAGACAGACUGUCCCCAGCUGCUGAGAGUGGACAAGAUCCUGGUGCCCGUGGAGGUGAUCAAGCCCAUCACUCUGAAGGCCAAGAACCUGCCCCAGCCACAGUCGGGGCAGCGUGGGUAUGAAUGCAUCCUCAACAUCCGGGGCAGCGAGCAGAGGGUGCCCGCCCUGCGCUUCAACAGCUCCAGCGUGCAGUGCCAGAACACCUCUUAUUCCUAUGAAGGGAUGGAGAUCAACAACCUGCCGGUGGAGUUGACGGUGGUGUGGAACGGGCACUUCAACAUUGACAACCCAGCUCAGAAUAAAGUUCACCUGUAUAAGUGUGGAGCCAUGCGCGAGAGCUGUGGGCUGUGCCUAAAGGCGGACCCAGACUUCGAGUGUGGCUGGUGCCAGGGCCAGGCUCAGUGCACCCUUCGCCAGCACUGCCCCAUCCACGAGAGCCAGUGGCUGGAGCUGUCAGGCGCAAACAGCAAGUGCACAAACCCGCGCAUCACAGAGAUAAUUCCAGUGACAGGCCCCCGGGAAGGGGGCACCAAGGUCACCAUCCGAGGGGAGAACCUGGGCCUGGAAUUCCGGGACAUCGCUUCCCAUGUCAAGGUGGCUGGUGUGGAGUGCAGCCCUUUGGUGGACGGCUACAUCCCUGCAGAACAGAUCGUGUGUGAGAUGGGGGAGGCCAAGCCCAGUCAGCACGCGGGAUUCGUGGAGAUCUGCGUGGCCGUGUGCCGGCCCGAGUUCAUGGCCCGGUCCUCGCAGCUCUAUUACUUCAUGACGCUGACUCUCUCAAAUCUGAAGCCCAGCCGGGGGCCCAUGUCUGGCGGCACCCAAGUGACCAUCACGGGCACCAACCUGAACGCUGGCAGCAAUGUGGUGGUGACGUUCGGGAAGCAGCCCUGCCUCUUCCACAGGCGCUCUCCAUCCCACAUCGUCUGCAACACCACCUCCUCAGACGACAUGCUGGAAAUGAAAGUCACUGUUCAGGUGGACAGAGCCAAGAUCCACCAGGACCUAUUCUUCCAGUACAUGGAGGACCCCACCAUCGUGAGGAUUGAGCCAGAGUGGAGCAUCGUCAGUGGAAACACACCCAUUGCCGUAUGGGGGACUCAUCUGGACCUCAUACAGAACCCCCAGAUCCGUGCCAAGCAUGGAGGGAAAGAGCACAUCAAUCUCUGCGAGGUUCUCAACGCUACUGAGAUGACCUGCCAGGCUCCAGCCCUUGCUCUGGGGCCCGACCACCAGUCCGACCUGACCGAGAGGCCUGAGGAGUUUGGCUUCAUUCUGGACAAUGUACAGUCCCUGCUCAUUCUCAACAAGACCAACUUCACCUACUAUCCCAACCCUGUGUUUGAGGCCUUUGGUCCCUCAGGAAUCCUGGAGCUCAAGCCCGGCACACCUAUCAUCCUAAAGGGCAAGAACCUGAUCCCACCCGUGGCUGGGGGCAACGUGAAGUUGAACUACACUGUGCUGGUAGGGGAGAAGCCGUGCACCGUGACAGUGUCAGAUGUGCAGCUGCUCUGCGAGUCCCCCAACCUCAUCGGCAGGCACAAAGUGAUGGCCCGAGUCGGUGGCAUGGAGUACUCCCCGGGGAUGGUCUACAUCGCCCCAGACAGCCCGCUCAGCCUGCCUGCCAUCGUCAGCAUCGCCGUGGCGGGUGGCCUCCUCCUCAUCUUCAUCGUGGCUGUUCUCAUUGCCUACAAACGCAAGUCCCGAGAGAGUGACCUCACGCUGAAGCGGCUGCAGAUGCAGAUGGACAACCUGGAGUCCCGAGUGGCCUUGGAGUGCAAAGAAGCUUUUGCUGAACUGCAGACAGACAUACAUGAGUUGACCAGUGACCUGGAUGGAGCUGGGAUUCCCUUCCUGGACUACAGGACCUACACCAUGCGGGUGCUGUUCCCGGGAAUUGAAGACCACCCUGUCCUCCGGGACCUCGAGGUUCCAGGCUACCGGCAGGAGCGUGUGGAGAAAGGCCUGAAGCUCUUUGCUCAGCUGAUCAACAACAAGGUGUUCCUGCUGUCCUUCAUCCGCACACUCGAGUCUCAGCGCAGCUUCUCCAUGCGCGACCGCGGCAACGUGGCCUCGCUUAUCAUGACGGUGCUGCAGAGCAAGCUGGAGUAUGCCACCGACGUGCUGAAGCAGCUGCUGGCCGACCUCAUCGACAAGAACCUGGAGAGCAAGAACCACCCCAAGCUGCUGCUGAGGAGGACUGAGUCAGUGGCUGAGAAGAUGUUGACCAAUUGGUUCACCUUCCUGCUCUACAAAUUCCUCAAGGAGUGUGCUGGGGAGCCCCUCUUCUCGCUGUUCUGUGCCAUCAAGCAGCAGAUGGAGAAGGGGCCCAUCGACGCCAUCACGGGGGAGGCCCGCUACUCUCUGAGUGAGGACAAGCUUAUCCGGCAGCAGAUCGACUACAAGACCCUGGUCCUGAGCUGUGUCAACCCAGAUAAUGCCAACAGCCCCGAGAUCCCAGUGAAGAUCCUCAACUGCGACACCAUUACUCAGGUCAAGGAGAAGAUUCUGGAUGCUAUCUUCAAGAAUGUUCCCUGCUCCCACCGCCCCAAGGCUGCAGAUAUGGACCUGGAGUGGCGACAAGGAAGUGGGGCCAGGAUGAUCCUGCAGGAUGAAGACAUCACCACCAAGAUUGAGAAUGACUGGAAGAGGUUGAACACCCUGGCCCAUUACCAGGUGCCAGAUGGUUCUGUGGUGGCUUUAGUGUCCAAGCAGGUGACAGCCUAUAAUGCUGUAAACAACUCCACAGUCUCCAGGACCUCGGCGAGUAAAUACGAGAACAUGAUCCGGUACACAGGCAGCCCCGACAGCCUCCGCUCACGCACACCCAUGAUCACCCCCGACUUGGAGAGCGGAGUCAAGCUGUGGCACCUGGUGAAGAACCACGAGCAUGGGGACCAGAAAGAGGGUGACCGGGGCAGCAAGAUGGUGUCUGAGAUCUAUCUGACUCGACUGCUGGCCACUAAGGGCACGCUGCAGAAGUUUGUGGACGAUCUCUUUGAGACCAUCUUCAGCACGGCACACCGGGGCUCCGCCCUGCCCCUGGCCAUCAAGUACAUGUUUGACUUCCUGGACGAGCAGGCCGAUAAACAUGGCAUUCACGACCCACACGUCCGCCACACCUGGAAGAGCAACUGCCUGCCACUGCGGUUUUGGGUGAACAUGAUCAAGAACCCCCAGUUUGUGUUUGACAUCCACAAGAACAGCAUCACGGACGCCUGCCUCUCCGUGGUGGCCCAGACUUUCAUGGACUCCUGCUCCACUUCGGAGCACCGGCUGGGCAAGGACUCACCCUCCAACAAGCUGCUUUAUGCCAAGGACAUCCCCAGCUACAAGAACUGGGUAGAGAGGUAUUACUCGGAUAUCGGGAAGAUGCCGGCCAUCAGCGACCAGGACAUGAAUGCGUACCUGGCUGAGCAGUCCCGGAUGCACGUGAACGAGUUCAACACCAUGAGCGCGCUCUCAGAGAUCUUCUCCUACGUGGGCAAGUACAGUGAGGAGAUCCUCGGACCUCUGGACCAUGACGACCAGUGUGGGAAGCAGAAACUGGCCUACAAACUAGAACAAGUCAUAACCCUCAUGAGCUUAGACAGCUGAGAACCGUCCCUCCAGGGCCCCCUGGGGGGAGGGACACACCAAGCCGUGCCUCAGUCCGAUCAUCAUCUUUACCAAGUGCAAGUUCCGACCAGCGUCAGCAGCACCCCCUGAGCAGCGCUGUCUCUCUGCCUCUCAGUCUCGCCCUCCUUCCUGGACCCCUUCUCUUUGUAGUUGCUCUGCCAACACGACUGAACCAGCCACCAACCCUCAGUCCGUCUCGGAUGGCCAGUCCCACGGCAAGCGACCUGACCAGAAGAUAAUCAGCAGGGGCUCUCUUCCCUGGUUGGCCCCGGGUGUUAGCAGCAGGAUGAGGAGCCGUGGGGGGGGAUGUUGCUCGCUGCUAUUCAACCCCCACUUCUGGAGAGCCCCCGUGUUGGUCUGAACUUGGCCUAGGGCAGAGGCAAUGAGCUCAGUAUUGUCUUCUCUGGGAAGGCAUCACCUUGCUCUCCCUUCCACAUUUUCAUCUCCAGGGGCUCGGGCAGAGGUACGGUCCCUGUGCAACUGUGAGCAGAAGAGGCUGUGCCUCCUCCAUCUGGCAGGAAGGUGGGGCUAACGAGCUGGGAGGUGCUUUGCAGGCCACCUCCCACCUGUUGGGCUGGCCUCCUGAGGCCUCCUCAUCCCCAUCCACUCUUCUUGGAGUCCUUCCAAGUGCUUGUAAGCACCUGCUGCCCAGUUCCUCUACUGCCUGUAGAAAGCAGGAGAAGGAACAGCAGUCACAUUCCACCAUGGAGAUGCUCCUAACCUCCCAGUCUGGCUCAUAGUGGUAGAAUGUAACGUGAAGGGGAGAAAAGGAGAGAAAGUUGCAUCCACCCUGGAAGCAGAAUUUCGUUUUUUUUCCCCAUUCAUUCCCCAAAUACAAAUGAGUCACGACCAUAGUCUUAGGUCUAGUUCAUUGUCAGCUCCUCCAGUGCUCUUUAGAGAAAGCACCUCCAUCCUCCCCAGCCAUCACUCAUCAAGGGUCAGUGUGAAAUGCAGAGUGCAUCCAGGAGAUUCUACCUCCAGCCGUCUCCAUGGCUCUGCCCCCACCAUGCUUCCUGAGAACUUCAUAGAAGGCUGGGGCCCACAGCCAAGCUCCUGGCCCCCUGCAGAAUCUCAUGCCAUUGCUAUGCAGAUGACUGUGGUCACUGGACUGUCCAGACUGCCUUGAGAAUUAUUCAUCCGUAUCUCAGCUGAUUCUGCAGCCAUUCUACUUCCUCAUCUCUCAGCAGUCAUCAUAAGAAACACACUUGAGACCAGCCUCGCAGAGACAAACCAAAGUGCCAGCCGAACUCAGCCCCUGGCUUGGCACAUCUGGGGGGCGCUGAAGAGUCAAGCUGAAGGACCUGGCCGGAAAUGGGAGGAGGGCCAUACAACUGACCUCAGCCCUGGUAUCUGCCUCUCCAUUGGUCAUUCCAUCCAUGGAUGCGUUACGUUAGCCAGCCAGGCAAAUGCAUGCUCAGAUGGGGGUUCUAGGUGGGCAGGGCAGGGGCUGUGGUGAGAGGCGGUCUAAGAGAGGGUCAUGGAAGCCUGUAAUCCUGAAGGGACCUCAGAUGCAAUCUGGCCCAGUCUUUCACCAUAAGGACACAUCUCUCCUGGCGGCCCUGGUGUCUGGUUGUACACCAACUCCCUUGUGGGGUUGAGGUGAGGGUUCCACAGUCUUGCCUUCAUUUCCUGGACAUCAGACAUCACUCCCUGCCAUCCUCUCAAAACAAACCCCAUGUGGAAAGAGGAGAACCACACGGUUCCCAGCGAAGUCUAUGGAGCAUCCUGUACUUCUAAGAAUGCUACCCCCUUCAGGGGUGUGUGUGUGUGUGUGUGUGUGUGUGUGUGUGUGUGUGUGUGUGUGUGUGUGUGUGUGUGUGUGUGUGU